AUGGCUGCGGCAUCUAUUAGUACCAACAGUGAGGGUACCAGAGAUUACAAGGAUAAUGGGCACAAUUCAGACUUGGAGGCUGCUACAUACCAACCUGCUCCACAAGACAAGCAAGAAGUGGAGCCUACUGGUCAAGACAAGGACGAGCCAGAACAGCUCUCGCGAAAGUCCACCACCCUUGAAAGGGUCCGGUCGCAAUACUCGUUCUUCAACCCCAAACUAGGUGGUAGAAGACUCGCAGUAUUGAAGAAGUUUGGUUUGAUCUACCUCCUCUUCGGAUGUUUCAUCUUGAGUGUUUUCUCCAUUUACUGGGGCUCGUCGUACCAAAGAAUGAGCCGUCUCAAGAACUUGCGGAUGUUGGUGGUGAUCGAGGACGACCAACAAGUCGGUGACGUGCCUCCAUUGAUCGGUAACAGCUUUGCCCAGGUGUUGCAAUCGAACGAGUCUAAGUUCUGGGGUGACUGGCACGUUAUUUACGGGUCUGAGUUCCGUGAAACUGCUCGUCGUCACAACAAUAACUCGGUUGAACAAGAAAUAGAAAGACAAGUGCAUCAACAACAGUACUGGGCUUCGUUCUACGUCAAGCCUAACGCUACAUACAACUACCACCAAGCAAUCGUUAACGGGGACACCAAUUAUGAUGUGGCUAAUCUGUCGAUCGUGAGCAUCUACGAGACUGGACGUGAUAUUAAUGGUAUACAACUCUACGUGGUCCCUGGCCUUCAGGCUAUUGCAGACCAAUGGUUGGCAGUUUCUGGAAAUGUGAGCACUCAGGUCACAGACUUGAUACAAGGCGAAAUUUCUCGUCAAUCAAUACAGGUGAUCAACACUCCCAUGGUCAUCAAUUUCUUCGAUAGAAUUCCGUUGACUGAUGACACUCUCACGGCACCAGCUCAAGUCGGGUUGAUUUAUAUGAUCAUUGUCACCUUCUUCCAGGUUAGUUUCUUUGCUGAUAUCCACAAGGAAGUUGCUAGUUUCAAGUUGAAACCAGCACACUAUUAUAUUUACCGUUUGGGUGCUUCGGUUACAUCUUUCUUCUUCCUAAGCUUGUUCUUUUCUUUGGUCAACUUGGUGAUGCAAAUUGAUUUCACAGUGACUUUUGGAAAGGCUGGUUUCUUGGUCUACUGGAUGUUAGCGUUCUUGACCAUGUGGGCAGUCGGUUUGGCCAAUGAAAUCGCGGCUAUGCUUCUUAUUCUUGUCUAUCCACCUUUGCUUGGACUCUGGUUAUUGUUCUGGGUCAUCAUAAAUAUUUCCGCCACCUUCAGUCCUUUAGCAUUGUGUCCACAGUUUUUCAGGUAUGGUUAUGCAUUGCCAAUUCACAACUCUUACGAAGCUUCCAAAGUGGUCUUUUUCAAUACCUACAAGGGCCAGUUGGGAAGAAAUUUCGGAAUUCUCGUUGCCUGGGUAGUCUGUUUAUCGGUUGCGUUGCCAUUUGUAAUCAGACUCUUCAAUUCGACUUUGGCAAAGAGAGCGAAGGCUGCUGCCGAUACUAAAACUCCAGUCACUUUAGCUAAAGUCAUCAAGGUCUUGGGUAGAACCGGUUCCAGAGGUGGUGUCACCCAAGUCAGAGUUGAAUUCUUGGAAGAUGCCUCCAGAACUAUCGUCAGAAACGUCAAGGGCCCAGUCAGAGAAAACGACAUCUUGUGCUUGAUGGAAUCUGAACGUGAAGCCAGAAGAUUGCGUUAA